AUGGCGGACGAAAGAAGAGUUCUUUCAUUAUUUGUUAUCGAUGCUUUUACAAGUAAGCCUUUCAGUGGAAAUCCAGCUGCGGUUUGUCUUGUAGGAUCAAAGGUGGGUUUUAGUCUUUUGAGUUAGAGAAUGUGAGGAAGGCUGGAGCGCGGCUAAAUCUUCUCUCAGGUUUGGCAGGCGGUAACAGUUGAUGUUAGUGAUAAUUUGAACGGUCUGAAUUCUAACGGCUGGCUUUCUAGUAAGAAAUAGAAACGAAUUAAAUAGAGUGUCUUUUACAGCUCAUAUAAAUCAAUUUAUAUACGCUCGUCAAUGGAAAGCUCUGCACCCCCAUACCCACGGACGCUGGGGGGGCAUGGUGGGGGAGCAUUAGACCAGGGUUGCCUUCUAAAUGAAGCGAAUUCCUGCUGUUUGGGCCUAUUUCUUGCAUCCAGACCUCAUUUUUGUCCCUGCCCGGGUUUUUUUUUAAAAGAGUCUGAAAGGAGUUGUGAUGGUAGUUGGGGAAGGGGGAGUAGGUGAAUGGGGGCGGAAAUGCUUAUAAUUAGGAAAUUUAAACUAAACCUCUAUUGGGAAUCUGGGCAUCUCAUACUUUGUUUGAACCCUAAAAGAUUAAAGGAUACCAUUUUGAAUCAGUUUGGCAAAAUGCCUCACUAUAGCCUAUUUCACAGUUUUUUCAACUUUUUAUAUGGAAAAGUUCGCAAAAAAUCUGUCAACACCACUGAAAAGAGCACCUUAAAAUUAGUAAAGUUGCGAAAUUUGAAAGUGAUAUACAUCUUAAGUGAGCCAAGAUAUAGCUCCGCAUAAUUAAAAAAAUUUUCGGUUGUUUGUACGCUGGGGGGCAAGUUUGUGCCCCCCACCAUACAAACCUCUGUGAAAUUUCGUGACUUUGAGGAGUUCUAUCUUCUUUAUUUUUCAACAAAUCACGUUCAAACUUGGCAAUUUUACUAAUUUUAAGGCACUCUUUUCAGUGGUGUUGAUGAAACCAUGAAAAGGUCUUUUGACCUAGGCUGUGGUUGUUCAAACACUGGAUAGUAUUAUCCACCAGAUAAAUCACUAUCUAACCGCAAAGUAUUAUGGAAACCAAUAUUGCUAUAUCCACUGGAUUUGUUGGAUAGCUCUAUCCGCCUUUUGAAUAACUGGGACCUGCGCUACCCAAGUGCUGGGGUUGACGAUGCAUUGGUUUCCACUGACAGUGGCAAAAAGACAUUGACACUAUGACUACAAGUCCAAAAAACUAUACAGUGCAAAGAUAAUGUGUAGGCAUUAUCCAAGAACAGUUAUUUUUUCUGAAUGAAGAGCAAGAUUUUAUUUGGUCUUUUAGUCGUAACACUUCAAUAAAACUUUGAUUUAUCCCUUUCCUCUCAUAGCACCUAAGUGAUCAAAUGUUACAAAAGAUUGCACAGGAAAUGAACUUGUCAGAUACUGGCUUCAUUCUGGAGAAAAAUAGUCAAGAUACUUACAGUCAAGGUAAGCAAACUAGAAGUAUCAUUCAAUUGUUAAUUGGUAUUAAAAUUGGAUGGCUGAGAGUCAACAACUGGUUUUCAUCCAACAUUAUUUUCUGCAAAAAAAUUAUUUAGCCAACAACCAGGAGUAAGGUUCAAGAGCAGAGUGUUCAAGACUCAAAUAUGAUCAACCCACAUGUACGCCUGGCUGACUCCUGCUGUGUACCAUGCAGUUUUAAAAUGCCGUUAUUCAAGCUGAUCCAAAACUUUUGUUGGUGCCGUUACAGGCUUCUUAUUCUUUUGGGAAAUCAUCAUGUUUUAUACAUGAAAUCAAAUCCAGAUCGUCUUGAUUGUCUCGACAGUUUUGGGAAUGAUCGUGUUGCUCAGGAUGAUCAAAACAUAGUGUUAUGGCAGUACAGAACCAUGCCUUUAAAAAAAACGUUCCUCAGGUUUAAGGACCAUGGAGCUUGUGCAUUACUUUUGACCAUGAUGGGUGCUUCUGAUAUAGUUGCCUUGCAAGGCAGAUGUCUCUGGGGGCUGAAUAUGGUACAAUAUUUUGAUAGGUACUUGUUUUGGUCUGCGAUGGUUCACUCCAACAUGUGAAGUUCCACUGUGUGGACAUGCAACGCUGGCAUCAGCUGCAGUUUUGUUCAACUGCUUAGGUGAGUGAAUAUAUACUGUACAUCUGCCAGUUCUUCCCUUCCAAAUUAUUUUUUUCCCUCUUGAGACUUGAGGCUUUGAAAACAAUCUUCUUUUGUAAUCAGUUGAAAUAGCUCAUAGAAAUGGCUUUAUAUAUUCACAAGCCAAAACUAAAAGUCUAUUGUAAAACUAUUUUAGUUUUGGCUCGUAGGGGACUGAUUGUCUUGUGCCAUACUGCACAAAUUUGUUGUUGAUAAAUCCAUGUCUCUUUGUCUGAGGGCAGUUAAAUGCCUUGAAAUCUGAUUAUCAUUAGUUGUGAUACGUCUAGCUGUCUCCAGGUUUUUACUGAAAAAUGUAAGGUUCUGGUCUCAGUUCCAAGGUUUCUUUAGGUGCUCGGGAAGUGAUAUUGUAAGGUCUGAAUAGAGCACCAUGCUGCCAGCAUUAAAUUUUGUAUUAGAAAAUUUUUAUUUUCAGAACAUGAGGCCAAAUAAAUGUUGUUUAAUUUAAUGCAUUUUGGUUUACUUCAGGUAAUCCCAACAAAGAAGUUACCUUUGAAACAUUGAGUGGAAAUUUAAAAGCUAGAAAAGAAGGUACACUAUGUCUUUUGUUAGGUAAAAUUAAUUUAGUUCCCAUGGCUCUGCCCUGCAGUCCAACCCCUUACCCUUUCACAUACCAUUUUUGACAGGAAAAGUACCCGUUUUGAAUACCUUUUAUUGACAAAGUGGCAUCCUUUUCACAUACCUAGUUAAGAACCAUGCAUCUCUUUUAAAUGAAUAACAAAUAAUGAUUUGGAGGUAGCACAUCCACAAAGUGGUUCUUCGUCUACCUGACUCCCAGUUGAAUUGGAAUUUGAAAAUGUUGGUUUUUGAGGAGAGGGGAAAACCGGAUUAGCCGGAGAAAAACCUCUCGGAGCAAAGGAGAGAACCAACAACAAACUCAACCCACAUAUGGCAUGGAUGUCGGGAUUUGAGCGCAGGCCACACUGGUGGGAGGCAAGCACUCUCACCACUGUGCCAUCCCUUGUUCCCUGUUACUGCUGUAACUGCACUGUCUUUUAAAUAUGAAUAAAUCACAAAGCCAGAACAUUUUCUUGAGUUUGUCACAACCAUAGAAGGCAUCUUUUAGGUGUUUUGAGCCUUUUUGCAGACUAAAAUGACAGAUUUCCCUCCCUGUUGAUAUGCUUUAACUUGUGAAGAGCCUCCUGUAUAGGCUGUUAUAGGGAGUAUCCCCCUGGUAUAUGUUAGCCCAUCAUGAAUCACUGCCUUUCAAAAUAGUUAUAUGCAGCAGCUUUUAAAUGUUGUUGUAUAUGUAACGCUUAAUUUUAUUCAUGUUAUCUCUCUUUGGUCUUGGGCAUGGUAAAGUAUAAUAAUGACAUUUUAACCAAGGAUAAAAUUGAAACACAAUAAAUACAUUAUGGCAAAGAAACUUGCAAUUUACUCAGUGGUAAAUGACACUGACAAUACAAAGGACGCUUUCCAAAAGUCGAAACUGGCCAGCCAGACCUUGGCCGGACCAGUCAUUUUGACCUGAAUGAAACAGGCUUUUUCCAAAGGGUUUUUGCUGAAAAUCCAACUUCUUCGUACAUACUGUUCAGGACCUGACUGAUCUAGCUGGAUAGUUUUGGUUAAAAGUGAAAUUCUCAUUAUGACAGGAAUGACCUGGCUGGUCAGUUCUGACAAAUGGAAAACGCCCUAAGAUUAUUUUUGUAUAUUUGUACUAGGUUCGUCAAUAUGCAUAGACUUUCCACUCAACCCUUGUGAACCAUGGCCACUGUCUGGGGUAAGAUGAUGUUAUGAGGAAGUUAAAUACUAAUUCUUUGCCUCAAAGAGCUAAUUUAAACAAUAAGGGGUCUCAUGGUUAGGGGCAGCUCCUCUUCCUCCUAUAGGCUAGCUACUGUUGUGGAAGAACAUUGUUCCGAGAUAACAUAAUCUCUUUUGCACGUAAUGCGUGCCUAUUUGACAAUUUAUUUACAGCAUGAAAGUGAGGCUGUGGCAUUCUUCUCUGAUGUCCAUUUGCAGAUUACGUUCUCUACCAAAGACAGACUUGAGCUGUAGGUAAAUGGGUUCAGGCAAUUUAGAUGUUUUGACAAAAAUGGCUCUUUUGUUAACACUCCUCAAUCACCCAUUACUGCCUGCGUGGAACCACAUCCCUUUUACCACUUGUCAGCUCGUCAAUUUUUAACAAUCACAGGCGACUUUGACUCCUUGGAGAUCUCUCAAACUAUUCCCAGAGACAAUUCAGUCAAACAGCCCAGACAAAAACGUAAAAAAUCCUGAAACGCUAACCGAAAAUUCUAAUGAAAAUCUUGUCUCACCACUCUCCUUUACUUCAUUCAAAAUAAUUUCACAAUUCACCGAAGCCUCAGAAAUGUCCAGCAAAAGAGAGAAAGGAAAUGGGAAAAGAAAAGUUAAAGAAGCGAGAUGGAGAAAAUGGGAAAGGUAAUUCGAGGGGGGAAGCCGAGAAAAUUUGCCUUCCGUGAGGAUCUGAUGAACUUCGGAAGCUGUAACUGUAAACGAUAAUUCCCGAUAAUUCCCCUUUAACUUAUGAAAGAUAUAUUAGACAUGAAAGUAUUUGAAUUGAUGUCUUAUUCCAUUAUAUAUGUUUCAUAUUUUUGUUAGGAAGAUCCAUCAAUUACAAAACUUAUUAGAGCAGGUGUGUUUUAAGCCAUCAACGCCUUCUUUUGUUUGUUUUUGAGUUUCCUUGAUUUCAUGUUUAAGUGUCGCAAAAGCUAUAUCUCUCGCAACAAGAAAGCUGCUGUUGUCUUAAGCUGUCAAAUGCACAAAAUGUGUUAGUGCAAAGACCCUAUCCACGGUUGUUUUCAACUUGUUUUUUAACGGGAACCGGUUACCGAAAAUCUGUCAACACGGCUGGAAAGAAGGCUUUGAAUAUUGAAUAUUUGAAUCACUAACAUUGCCGUGUUUUAAAGUGAUUUGUUCUUAGUGGAAACUAUAGCUCCACAAAGUGGCGGAAUUUUACAGACGUCGGGGCACAUACAAAUCGCGACUUUGUGGAGAUCGUGGAAGGGUGUAUUGAGGAAAUCCUUAAGUCUGACCAUUUAUGUAAAAGUUACUGAGCAGUACUUUCCCGUGGUACUGUUUAUUCUGCCUCACAAGGUUGUUUCAACUUUUAAUUGUGUGGAUGCAAUUCUAUCGUGUGUCGUUGUCUUCUACUCUUGUUUCAUUUUACGCUGUUGAGAUGAAAUCCUUCCCCAAAUCCGAUAUUGCGAGAACAUUAAAUUCUCUGCAAGCUGCGCCUCCGCAUCUCGACUUGUCCACAUGCUAAGUAAUUUCUACCCUGCGAACAGAGUCUCCUUCGAUCUUAGGGAAGAUCAAAGCGACUCUGUUAGCAGGGUAAGUAAUUUCCUGCCUUUCGUUAUAUUUCGUUUUAGUCGUUGGAGACCUCGCAGUAAAGGAAGUGGAAUACAAUAAAACGACCAACAACCUUUUGCUGUGUCUGCAACCUUCUUUCACAAGGUUAGAUUGACUUUAUUCAGCAAGGACUGUGGGAAAGAGACUGUCUGUCAAGCACUCCAGUUAGAGAGAUAAAUGCGAUAUGAAGUGUAGCCGGAACGUUUGUGAAAGCGUUUUGCGAAUGAGCAGGAAUGAUGGGGGAUUCCCGGGCCCAGCUGUUUGAAAGGUGGAUAACGCUAUCAACUAUAUAAAUCUCACUACAGUGGAUAACGCAAUUUGUUAUCCCCAACAUUUAUCCGGUGGAUACCGCUUUCCAACGUUUGAACAACUGGGGCCUGGACUCUAACGUGAACAGUACUUGUAAGUUUUCAUGUUUUUCUACAGGAAGGAUUUGGAAGGUUUUUGCCCAGACUUCCAAGCAAUGACGUCAGCCCACUCGGCGGGGAAUGUCCGCGGGGUAAUUGUAACACUUCAGGGGACUGAGUCAAAUGGCUGUGUGGACACAACUGGAGCAGUCUACGACUUCAUUUCACGAUAUUUCGCUCCAUGGCGUGGUGUCCCUGAGGAUCCAGUUACAGGUGAGUGAAGGGUCAAAUGUCCCUCUUGCCACGGGUAUCGCACUAGGCUUAUGCCAGUGGCAGUUAGACUGGAGACGGGACACAAUGUCGUGAAAAAUGACGUCAGUGUCAUACUAAGGAUGUUAGUAAGUAUCGAGCUCGAAUUGGAUCGAUUCUAAUCUACCGCCAUUGAUUAGCUUUACGACAAAAUAAUUCAGUGUAGACUAAGGAAUUUCUAAGGUAGUUGAGAAGCGUUCAGGAAAAUUCUACGCUGCGUGGUGUUUCAGCUGCUUACAAUUUGACAGCAUUCUCGACUCCAGAUCCUUUGAAUACUUCAGCCGACGCGCUGAAUCGAAAAGGUAUUGUAAUUGUAAAAUUUUAGUAAUUUGUUUACCCACAGUCCACGAAGCACUUAAGAGUUCUUAAGACCUCUUUAAAACGUGUCCGUGCGUUCCAGAUCGAAUUGGAAUUUGGAAGUGUUGGUUUUUAAGGAGAGGGGGGAACCGGAGUACAAGGAGAAAAACCCUCUCGGAGCCAAGGAGAGAACCAAUAACAAACGGGUUCGACGCCGAGAUUCGAACCCAGGCCACAUUAGUGGGAGGCGAUUGCUCUCACCACUGCGCUCUCCUUGCUCUCCAAAUGGAAUCGAGAAUGCUGUAGCGUGGAGACGUGUUCACUCCAUUCCUCUUGAUCAUACAGUUCCUUUUUCUUUAAAUCCACAUGUUUUAUUUAGGGUCAGCGCACACAGUUCUGGCUAGUUACUGGUCAACAAGAUUAAAGAAAACUGAUCUUUAUGGUGAGUAUCUCUGAGUACAGAUUACUAGAAGUCCGUUGCACUGCAUUCGGGCCGAUUCUUGGUACGAGUAGAAUGACGAGCUGUAGUGACCUAGGCUGCGUAGAAUGUUACUGGCGAUGUGUCAUCGUUGCGCGCUUUGUCGCAGUGUGAGGACCUACAAUGAGGAGAGAGGUGGCACCUCUCCUCUCCACAGAGGCCUCUUUGUUUCGUAGCGAGGGUAGGGAGGGUAGGGAGAAGGAAAAAAGAAAGCGCGCUGUGGCAGAUGCAAUUGGCAAUCUGCUUUUGUUUAAGAACGAGCAAAUACUGGAAUUACUUGUCCCGUAUCCUCCCUACAGGGGUGUUUGCCUUAAAGGGUCGGGAAGGGUUUCUGCCGUAUUGGUUUAGUUGGCUAUACAGCACGUCCGCCUCAUAGAAGUGGUGCUUACGGAACAUGACGGCAGAAAGAAGAGGACGGCAAAACGUUUCUGUGUGACAAACAUGACAGGGCUAUUACUUACGUGUUUUGUCGUGAUCUUUACUUAAUAUUACUGUGUUCUUGUCCUUAAAGAUCUGUUUAAAGAAGAGUGAAAUAUGGCAGAAAACUUUCCAAUAUACUGUCACGAUUGACAAUCUACUUUUGCCGUCUUCUUUCCUUUGCCGUCCUUUUGCCUUAGUUCAAUAAUGUGCCUCAAAGUUGGCGUUACAGAUUUCGGCCGCACAAUGGUUUCCGUCACUUUAGGUAUAUUUCUAACGCUCAUAAAAUAGUUUAAUAGCCUCGUUUAUUUUAUUGUCACAGCUCGUCAGUGCUCUUCACGUGGUGGGGAGCUAACUAUUCACGUGCGGGAAAACAACAGAGUUAAUAUUACAGGACAAGUAGUGCUAGUUUUACAAGGAAGUCUUUACGUGUGA